UGCGUGCUGGAGUGCGCGUGACUUGGUUCUUCAGAAUGCUACAACUGUGGAGUUAAGAAAAAAACAAAUAAACACUUUAAUCGGAAUCAUGCACGUUCCGCUGAGUGUGUUGAACCAAUGAACAAUGCUGUAGAAACACUCGUCCACUAUGUUGAGUCGACUGCAGGAGCUAAAGAAGGAAGAGGAGACUCUUCUGAAGAUAAAAGUCAUGCUGCAAGAUCAGCUUAACAGACUAAAGUUUGAGGAAGGGACACUGAAGUCAAUGAUCAAUGCUCAGACUGAAGAAGAUCCAAGUGAAGCUCCUGCCCCUGAGGAGGAAGUCAAUCUAGAUGACGAGACCGAGAUCAACCAAACCAAACUAGUAUUAAGUGCUCAAACAGACUAUGACAUGGAAGAAGAUGAAGAGGAGGAGGAAGAGGAAGAUGAUGACGAUGAUGCAGAUGAAGAUCUCAACAUGGUGCUAGAAGAUGAGGAGGAAGACGAUGAUGACUACUGACAGAGCCGGGGAGGAAAAAACUGUGUUUUCAUGUACUCCUGUGAUUUAGCUGUGUAAUCUGCACAUUUGGCAUGCUGAAAGAGACUAGUACUGUCUUAGAUUGAUGUUGAUUAGACAAACUGUUGGUUCACACAUUUAUAAAAUCCUCCACAAGUAUGUGUAGCACAAAUACAACUUCUCCUAUUACUGUGCUGUUGGCCAAGCCUGCACUUUAUGUAUUUUUAAAAAACCCGAAAUUGCACCAAAUCUGUUUUGUAGUGUUUACCAAGCGAUGCUGGAUCAUGUGGGCUUUAUUUAAUAUUGUGCUGUAUUGCUUUCAUAUUGAAUGCAUUCUGAUUCUGAAGCUGUUCUGUAUGUACAUGUUGUGAACUCGCAGAGGUAUUUUUUCUAUUUGGAGAGAGUGUGUAGAAUAGAUUGUGUAUGCAUGAGCAUGAUAAUCGUUCUAGCUGAGCCAGUAUUAUUUUUUUUGUACUUCACGUGCUGCAUUGGUAAUAUAGACAAGGAGUUCCUACGUUUUCUUAGAGAAAAGCAUCUUUUCUGCAGGUUUUGAAGGUGCUCAGCUGAAUAGCGUUUGACAACACAGUACUGUUUCUUUUGCGGAGUUCCUGAUGCAGAUGGUUUUGUUGUUGCCUUGGUGUAAAUGUAUGAUGUGUGAAUGAUUUUUACAUUAUCCUCCAGGUACAUGCUAAUAAACCUGAGUAUGAUGAUCAGA